UCUUUUUUAUUCUUUUUUUUUUUUUAAAAAACCAUGUCAGCAUCAACGAAACGUUCUUCCACAACAAAACGAACAGAAACAGUUUUAAAGAAAUCACAAUCUAAUCAUGUUAGUAAUACCAACACGUCCAUAGUAUUACCAAUGGCAUUGAAAAGACGAUCUACUGGUUCUUUAAGACGAAGAUUAUCUUGUAAUAUGGAAACAAACGCCACUCCAACAAAAAUUUGGAGAGCACCAGGGUUUUAUGAAAUACCUAAUGUUUUAGGAAGUGAUUGUUUUUUAAAACCAAAUGAUACCAAAACCACCUUUGAAUUACGACAAUCUCAACCUGAAAAGAAUAUUUGUAAACGACCUUGGUUACCAGCAGGUAUUUGUACUAUCAUUCCUCAAUUACCACCUUUGGUUCGUCCUUCCAAUACUUUUGAACGUCAUUUGAGGAAAACUUUACCUACUUCUGUUUCUAUCUCUUGUUUGGAUCCUCAUAAUAAAUAUAAUGAUUUUUGUGAAAUUGGCACUGGGGUGAAUGGAGCAGUGAUGGGUGCGACUCAUCGAUAUAAACCAUGGAAAUUGGCCAUCAAACGAUGUAAACUGGAUAAUGAUCAUGAAUAUCGAUUGGCAAUUGUACGAGAAUUGAAAAUCAUGGCCAGUGGACAUAGCAAUUUGAUUCGAUUACGUGAAGUCUCUUUAUGGCGUGAUGAUAUUUGGAUGGUGAUGGAUUUACAACAAUGUUCAGUGUUUGCUGUUCUAUGUCAACGUGGAUUACCGGAACAGUAUGCAGUGUAUAUUGCCAAUGAAACAUUAAAAGCGUUGAUUUAUUUACAUAGCAAAGGAUAUAUUCAUCGAGACAUCAAGUGUGAAAAUUUAUUGAUUGGUUGGCAUGGUGAAAUCAAAUUAGCUGAUUUUGGUUUGGCCACAAGACUUAGUCGUCGAAAUCGUGAACGUCUCGGAACAAGUAAAUGGAUGGCACCGGAAGUCAUACGAGAACAAGUUUAUAAUGAAAAAAUCGAUUUAUGGUCUUUGGGGAUUACUGUGAUUGAAAUGAUGGAUCGGGUGCCUCCGCAUUACCUUUUGAAGAAUGAAAAAGAUCUAUUUGCUGCUAUCCUCAAUGAACCAAGUCCUACUUUUAGUUAUAGUUAUCCAACCAUGUAUAUGCGUGGAUUGGUUGCUUGGCUUUUAGAUGAAAAUUCAAAAUCAAGACCUUCUGCAAAAGAUGUGGCCAUGGAAUUGAAAACACAUAUUGAAACCAAACUUUUAAGAACUUCGGAUGCAACGGAAUUCGCAAGAUUUGUAACACAUGUAAUGUCGGCUACCUGAAACUUCCCCAUUCUCUCUCUCUAUAUUAGUGAAUCAUCCGCAUCUUUCUUUACUUAUUAUUUUGUAUUAUCCCACAUAUCUAAUCGUUUUUGUAUCAUUUGAUCUCAUUUUAAUAAAAACAACCAUUGUUAUUCCAUUAAAAAAAAAAAAAAA